AUACGUCAAAUGAUGUAUUUGUCAAUCUUGACAUGUCAACCAAUGUCAUGUUUAUUGGAGGAAGCAUCCUAUUUUUAUAACAAUAAUUGCAGCAGAAAAUAUUUUGGAGAAGUAAAUCUCUUCAUCAGAAAUGAAUAAAAACUAUGAAAGAUGCACUCAUUGCAACCGACGCAAAUGGCUGGCUACAGGUUGUCUACGCAAGUGGUUAAAGCCACUGGAAUGUAAACAUUUACAGCGAACUGUUGAUAACAAAAGGGAUUUUAACAACACAGAUAUCGUUAACGGUGUGUUUUUACCAGAUCGAAAACCUUCCGUCAACACAAAUAAAUUUGUGAAGUUUUGGAAAAACAAGUUGUUUAUUACUGGUAAUGUCAGAUCUUUGCAAAGAUAUUUCGGCAAUAAAAACAAUGGUGGCGAACAUUUAUGCAGUCUAAAUAAAUGUAGCGAUGCAUCGACAUCGUCCGACAAGAGAGUUAUUGUGGCUUCUGCAUAUGAAACUAAAAAGGAUAUUCAACUUAGUAAGCAAGCUGUCAAAUGUCAACACUCAGAAGGGCAUUCAGUACUACGAGGACACCACCAACAUGCAUCUAUUGAAACCUGCGCCAUAUACUGCCAGUUAUCAAAGCAUGGCUGGUACUGGGGUGGUAUAACCUCAAGUGAGGCUGAAGAGCUGCUAGCUGGUCAGCAUGACAAUGUGUUCUUAGUCAGGGACUCAUGUGACUCCCGCCAUAUACUUUGUGUAUCAUUCCGUUGUGUUGGUCGCACCCUCCAUGCUCGACUGCGACAUGCUAAUGGACUUUUUUCUCUGAACAAUGAAACAUUUGUACCAGCUAAUAGAAUAUCAGAACACUGUGCAGCUGUUGAUGUGAAAUCAAACCUGUUUGAGAUGCCAGUCAAAUUAGCAAGACCAUUAAACAGAUUUGCAAAACUGGACUCUUUACAAAUGAUCUGCAGAUUUGUUAUCAGACAAACUGUAUCAGCACAUGUCUGGAGCAAGUUGCCUCUGCCCCCAAACUUAAUAUCCUAUGUAUCUAUUGGCAGUGAUUAUAUUGUACCAUCAUAGCUAACACUUAUAUGUGCCUUCAGUACUUGUAACACUGUUUAUUGUAAGCAUAUUUACAUUCAACCUUUUUAUAUAAGAGACUGCAACAUUACUAACUACAUAUAUAAAUAUAAUUGUAAAUUUUAUACUAAAGUCAAUAUUAUAUUAGAAAAUGAAGAUAAAAUUAAAGAUACAAUUGGUAUUACAUUAAACUAUUUAUUACCAACAACCAAAUAUGAAUAAUACUUUGAACGUCAUAGUUUUCUUCGCAUGCAAAUGUUUUAUGAUGUAACAAUAACAUUGCCUAAUAUAAUCUUCC